AUGGUCCGAGUUAAUUGCAAGCACGUUGAGCGCUUUGGCAAACAGUACUUUGACAUAAAUGGUGAUCGAGCUGAGGCCUAUGUCAAAUCAACCUAUGUCGCACAUUUUGGGCUGGAACCCUACUACAUUGCCCUUCUCUGGAACAUGAUCGAUAAGACGGUAUCUCCAUUGAAGAACACCAACCACUUAAAGUAUUUCAUGCUUUCUCUUAUGUUUCUACGCACUUAUGCCACCAACAUUGUCCUAGCUACCAAAGUGGGUGUCGAUCCAGCUACUUCUGCCAGGUGGAUUUGGAAAUUUCUAGAGAGAUUGGCUCUUCUUCCUGUGAUCAAGUGGGAGAACAGACUUAUCAGUGACAAUGGCAGCCGAUGCAAGGUGACUCUUGAUGGAACAGACUUCCGAAUCAAUGAGCAGCAUCCAUUCAGCUCCCGUUGGUUCACAAAAAAAUUCAAGAGUGCUGGCUUGAGGUAUGAGGUUGCUACUGCCAUUCAGACUGGUCACAUUGUAUGGAUCAAUGGUCCCUUCCCUUGUGGCGAGUGGCCUGAUUUGAAGAUUGCCAUGAGUUCCUUUGUUGACUGCCUGGAAGGGGAUGAGAGAGCUGUUGCUGAUAGUGGCUACCGUGGCCACCCUGAGUUUUUUGAUACCCCUUGGAAGCAUCUCGACAAUGAUCAGCAGAGGCGCCGCAAGGCUCUUGCCCGUGCCAGGCAUGAGACUGUGAACAGGCGCUUCAAGAAGUGGGAAGCCCUCCACGGCAUCUGGCGCCACCCACUUCAAAAGCAUGGUGUUGCCUUCCAUGCCGUUGCCAACAUUGAGCAGGUGCUCAUUGAGAAGAAGAGAAAUGUAUUCCAAGUGGAAUACAAUGACCGAAUUGGCAAUGAGUUUGAUUAUUAGGUAGUUAGUUUUUAAUUUAGUAGGCGACUGGUUGUUUCUGUG